UUUCUGUCAAAAUGUUUGGUCCAUUAUCGCCGUCGAAUUGUCUUCUCCGUUCGAAAUCGCAUCCUCUAAAGCCGCCAUCUCCGUCGUCGUCGGUUACAAAAACCACCGCGUAAUCAGUAAAACCAUUUCCUAAAUCAGAUAUUCAAUCUCGAUUCGAUUUUCAAUACUUUGAAGUCUCGCUUAGAAGCUCUGUUGUGUGGAAAAUGGGACUGUUAAGCAUAAUCCGGAAGAUCAAGAAGAAAGAGAAGGAGAUGCGAAUUCUUAUGGUUGGACUUGAUAAUUCUGGGAAGACGACGAUUGUUCUGAAGAUAAACGGAGAAGACACAAGUGUGAUUAGUCCAACUCUUGGAUUCAACAUCAAAACCAUUGUUUACCAAAAGUAUACGCUAAAUAUAUGGGAUGUUGGUGGGCAAAAGACUAUAAGAUCGUAUUGGAGGAAUUACUUUGAGCAGACUGAUGGUUUGGUAUGGGUGGUUGAUAGUUCUGAUCUUAGGAGGUUAGAUGAUUGUAAGAUGGAACUUGACAAUCUCUUGAAGGAAGAGAGGCUAGCUGGGUCAUCUUUGCUGCUACUAGCAAAUAAGCAGGAUAUUCAAGGUGCACUUACUCCUGAUGAAAUUGGCAAAGUGCUAAACUUAGAGUCCAUGGAUAAAAGCCGCCACUGGAAAAUCGUGGGUUGCAGCGCAUACACGGGUCAAGGUUUGUUGGAAGGAUUCGAUUGGUUGGUUCAAGACAUUGCCUCCAGAAUUUACAUGCUUGACUAAUCGAUUACUGCAUUGUGCAAUGGCUUGUUAUAUUCUCGACUGUUUGCAGCGUAAAGAUGCUGCUCGAGUGACUUUGUAUUGGCUAUAAGCUUUUCUCUCAGUUCUAUUGUAACGAUGAUUAGACAAUAUAUAUCUUAAGUUUUUAAGACAAACU